CACACACACUGAGAAAGGACCUUUGCAAUUGUCAGCAGAAAAAACUGCCAUGGUGAGGGCCGUCGUCCCAGGUCUCAACAAGGAUCCCGGCUCCAGACGUUUGAGGUGGUUGCUAGGAGCCUUCCUCCUGAGUGCAGCUGUGCACUUCGAAAAGGCAUGGAGCUUUGCCCUGGCAGGACUCAUUGAGCAAGCUACACGAGUAUCAAGACAGCAGGUGCGAGCAACCAACAAUCGAGAAGUUCUUCUGGCAGAGCGAGAGCGCCUGGAAGGGGAAAACGGCAAGAAGGAGGGUGCAAUUCAACCUUUGUCGUGGCUGCAAAAGCCCAAACCUCCGACGCUUCCUGCCGAUCUCUUCAAGCCAAAAGAAAGUCUUUCGCAAACUUUCCUUGCAGAUCCGAACUACAUCUUCAAGAUGGUCAGCGCUCUGGAUGACGAAUCAGAGGGUGGCAAAAGAACUAUCGAACUUGGUCCGGGCACUGGAGCCAUCACCUCUCGCCUGUGGCAAAGAUAUCCGGAGAUGAUUGGAAUUGAAAUAGAUCAACGGGCAAUGCGCGUACUCUCUCGCACUGUGCCUGGUGCCACAGUCAUCAGAUCAGAUGUUCUGAUGGUGAACUACACGAAACUUGCAGAACUUCGAGGUGGACCCUUGUCAAUAGUCAGCAACCUUCCCUUUCAUGUGGCAUCACAGGCGCUGUUCACUUUGGCUGACCAUGCGGAUGGAGUUCGCAGUGCUCACGUUAUUCUGCAGCAGGAGGUUGCACAGCGGCUCGUUGCAAAGCCAAAUAGCAAGAAGUAUGGCAUCCCCAGCGUGGUGUUCCAGCUGUACGCCGACCCAAAGAUCCUUUUCCACUUGCCUCCGACAGCAUACUUUCCUCGACCCAACGUCAUGACUUCUUAUGUAAAGCUGGACUUUGAAGCUGCCGCAGAGCGCCGCAGAGCACUGGAUGUUGAUCCUCGAGAUCUGCGGAACCUCACCAAUACCGUUUUCCGGUAUAGAAGAAAAAUGAUGCAAAAUUCACUCGCUCGCAUUCUCUCGUGCCACACGACCUUGAUCGAUCAGUUGCCUGAAGAGUAUGCCAAACUUCGCCCUGAACAGAUUGAGCCUUGGGAGUUUGUUCAUCUUACCCAGCUUGUUUUUGGCAAGAAGGAAUUCCCAAAGCAUUUCAAGCGUGCUUGGCGCGGAGAAUUUGGACGGACUGUUCGGGAUUGAGCGGGGAGCGGGGUCUGGUGACUUCAGUGACUGGGCCCAA